CUUUCGGUUUCAAUAUCUAAUUAACUAAAGCGGAGUGAUUUUUUCUUCCUGACGAAGUAGAGAAAUAUCAAACUAGCGAAUACAAGAAACGAGUGGGAGGGUACGGACGGAACUGAAGGAAAUAGUACUUAAGGUUAGAACGUCGGGGUGCUUUUAACAACGGACCGACCUACUUCCGGGAGAUAAUGGGCGGCUAGAGAAUUUGGCGUUUGGCGGGUUUAGCUUUCUCCCUAAAUAUUUGAUCCUCCUGUAGCCGAGAGAGACGGACACGUGAGGAGCUAGGGACGCCGCCACGGCAGGAACAGAGUGCCACGAGCCCCCUGAUGGCUGCAUCUGUGGAUUUUAAAACUCAUGUAGAUCAGGCAUGUAGAGCUGCUGAGGAAUUUGUCAAUAUUUACUAUGAGACAAUGGACAGAAGAAGACGGGCACUAACCAGGCUGUAUCUGGACCAGGCCACUUUAAUAUGGAAUGGGAAUGCUGUUACAGGGCUGGAAGCCCUAGCCAAUUUCUUUGAGACGUUGCCUUCUAGUGAGUUCCAGGUCAAUAUGCUAGAUUGCCAGCCAGUUCAUGAGCAAGCUACUCAGGCCCAGACCACAGUUCUCGUUGUGACCAGUGGAACUGUGAGGUUUGAUGGAAACAAACAACACUACUUCAACCAGAACUUCCUGCUGACUGCACAGCCUAAUCCUCAAAGCACUGUGUGGAAGAUUGCAAGCGAUUGCUUCCGUUUCCAAGAUUGGGCUAGUACUUAAAGUCCAUUCUUCUUUGGUCCGUUAGUUCCAGCAACAGAAAUUUAUGUGAAGUAAUUCAUUUCAUUGUGGAAGCAUUAUAGUGUGUGACAAAACUAUGUGUCUUUAAUAGUUUUUUAUUCAUAGCAGCGCCUUUUCUAGCAGCUGCCAGUUUGGAUCAUUGCCCUUAAGAGCUUUAAUGCUAGUUUUUUACAUGCCUUAUAGAUAUAUUUCACUAAUGACAUUCUUAAAGUAAUAUUGUAUGUAUGGUUACUGUAUUUACAUACUCACUGUGAGCCCAGCCUACUGCAAAAAUGAAAUCCUUUUAUAAUCCUAUCUGUGGUAUAUCGGCACAACAUAACUCUCUGGGAGAAAGUGGAGUUUUUCGUUGUUAUUAGAUCAAUUUUUUAGUAAAACAUAGAGCCAUUGCCAGUAAGUGCUGGUAAUGCCAUUUUAACCUAAGGUUUUUCCAAACCAAUUCAGUGAAAGUAUUACUAAUUUAGAUUUGCAUAGCUACCCUGAUGAACUAGCAUAUAGAGAUGUUCAGUCAUCAUUUUCCAUUUAUUUUAUGUCGGCAUGUUUCCUUAUGGAAUGAAUUAAUUUACUAAAAUGUUCCUAGUUGAUACUUGAGCAUUAGAUAUAUAUGCAGUGGUUUUCAAAGUAAAACUACUUAAAAAUUUUUGGUGGCAGCUCCAAGUUUAUAACUUUAGGUACUGGAUGGUAUAGUAGGACUAAUAUAGCUUUUUAAAAAAAAUGUUUUCUUUUUUCAUUUUUGAGAGAGGGAGAGACAGCAUGAGCAGGGGAGGGUC